CGACUUGGAUCUCGCCAGCUUUCUACGGCAAAUACUAUGGCGGGACGGGCGAUUUUCGAAUGGUGGCGCGGGCGGGAUGUACCAGGUGGAGCGCCGAGAAUUCCUUCUCCUUAUGUGCCGCCGCCGCCAUCCGUCCAAGACCAGCGACGCGUCGUGGGAUGUGCCGUUUCGGGAGGCCGUUGAAACGCCAGUUACUCGAAGUAAAAAAGCGAAGUUUUGACCCACUUUUUCCGAGCGAUGGUCGAUCUUGGCAAGCUGGCGCGGGUGGACUGGGCGUCCCAUGCCCGCGUCGCGCUCGCGACGUCGCAAGCAAUGAUUCCGUACGCCGCGAUCGGUUCCAGCAUUCUUUUUGCGCUAGCGCCGCUGCCCGACAUCCGCCGCAUUCGACGGGCCAAGCACACGUUGUCGCUGCCGUUCCUCCCAUUCUUCUUCUACGCACUGCAGUCGGCCAUCUUUCUCGUCUACGCGUGGGUGACGGCCAACCCUGUGCUCAAGACCACGACCUCAUUGGGAGUCCUCCUCGGGACGUACUACCUCGCCGUGUACUAUACGUACUCCUCCGACAAGGUUGUUGCCCGCAAGUGGAUGGCUGGCGGAUUUGCCGUUGUCCUCGCGUUGAUGGGAAUCGCAGCGACGUGGGAAGCAGCAGACGCUGCCAUGAUGAUUGGGUUGCCAGGUAACGCUGUCAUGAUCUUGACGGCGGUAUCCCCCUUGGCCAAAGCUGCCACGAUCAUCGCUAGCCAAGACGCAUCGUCGCUGCCCGUUGGCAUGUCGAUCAUGAAUGCUGUCGCCGGCGCGAUUUGGACUCUCUAUGGCAUUCUCCUGCAGGACCGUGUGGUGACCGUGCCUAAUGCAGUCAGCACCGUCGUGGGGCUCAUCCAGAUCGGAUUGCUCGUUCGAUACCCGUCGACGCCCAAAGCCAAGCGCAUGCAUGCGGUGUAGGAGGACCAGGGCGGUAGUCUCGAUGGCCUCUGGAACGACCAUCGCUUUGUCGUCGUUAGUAUGUUCGCACCGAUGGGGCAAACCGAUCGAUGUACCCGUGGACAUGACCAGCGGAAGGACGAGCGUUUGAAAAGAUGGUAUCGUGUGUUUAUUCAAGGUAGACCUUAUAGGCCGAGGUCAUCGUCCUCAUUAUCGGCUACGAAUUCGUCCAUGAUGGCACACCACCACACACGGCAAUCGCGGGAUUACCUACUCAGGAGUGGAGUCUUUUCGUUCGUGACACCAUCAAUGUGUUCACUCAACGGCACGUCGUUGUACUUGUCGGGGGCAGACCCCACCUUCAAGUACAACACGGCCAUGGAUACCGCCAGGGUCACAGCAUACAACGCCGCUACAACAGGGUGAAAUGAGGUCAAGGCUUCGAGGGUGAGGCAUACCUCCUUCAUACACUGGCGCAGACGACGUCACGUUGAGCGACUUGAUGUAUUCCGGUUGGUUUUGGAUCAUGAGCCCAAUCGAGCCGAGGAACACGAUGCCGAACGCCGACAGGAGGGUGCAGCAGAGGGCGUAUCCUUGCGCCGAUGGCAUGGUGGCGGAUGCAGAGGAUG